AUGGAGAUACCACUGAAUCAACCACCUGAGCUCUUGCCGGAGACUAUUGAGAAGAAUCUCGUUGAAGAGAGCAAGAAAGCCGGAGUGCCUGCAUUCCAGUUUGAUCCUGAUGCCCCCAACUCCAAGAAAGAGGAACAGGUGAAAGCGGCGAUACCCUCAAAUUUAUUUAAAGAGCGCGAAACAAAAGCUGUCGGCGUCUCUACUGAUAUAACAAAUGGUAAUGGCGCCGUAUCGGACAAGGCUCCUAAAGCAGUUGAUGCCGGCAAAACGGAACCUCCAGAAACAAAUGGCGAACUCACUGAAGCGGAAAGAUGGGAUCGGAACAGAACAGGGUGGACUCCACGCUUCCAUAUCCCAAAGGAUGACUUUGAUGAAGGAGAGACUCUCUUGGAUCAUCAAACCUUCAUUGAGACAAAACUGGACGACAAAUUUUUCGGAGACUGGUACCACAACACUGGUGUGAUAGUUUUUGCUUGUCUAGCAUCAUGGGUGAUAGCAUUGCUUGGCGGGGGCUUGGGAUGGGUCUUCAUAGUCAUGGCUGCUUGCGGAACGUACUACCGCACCUCCAUACGCCGCGUUCGACGAAAUUUCCGAGAUGAUAUCAACCGUGAGCUGGCCAAAAACCGACUGGAAACCGAUUGUGAGACCUUGGAAUGGAUUAACAGCUUCCUCGUAAAGUUCUGGCCUAUCUACGCUCCUGUCCUCUGCGACUCCAUUAUAAACUCUGUCGAUCAGGUGCUGAGUUCAGCUACUCCCGCCUUUAUAGACAGUCUCCGCAUGAAGACAUUUGUCCUUGGAAGCAAACCUCCCCGUCUCGAGCAUGUCAAAACUUAUCCCAAAACCGAAGUCGAUACAGUGCUCAUGGAUUGGAAAUUCAGUUUCACCCCAAAUGACACGAUGGAUCUCACUGCGCGCCAGCUGGUUAAUAAAAUCAACCCCAAAGUGGUUCUGGAAGUUCGCAUGGGGAAAGGACUGGUUUCAAAAGGCAUCGAUGUGAUUGUCCAAGACUUUGCGUUCUCCAGUUUGAUGAGAGUUAAAGUGAAGCUCCAAAUCCCAUUCCCACAUAUUGAACGCGUUGAUAUCUCCUUCCUUGGCCGCCCCGAAAUCGACUAUGUUUGCAAGCCACUUGGCGGUGAUUAUUUGGGAUUCGACAUUAACUUUAUUCCUGGACUUGAGAGCUUCAUCAAAGAUCAGAUUCAUGGGAACCUAGGCCCAAUGAUGUACGAACCUAAUGUCUUCCCUGUCGAAAUUGCGAAGAUGCUUGCAGGUAACCCUGUAGACCAAGCAAUCGGUGUUGUCGGAGUCACCGUGCAUGGUGCCCAUGAUCUCAGAAACAGUGACAAGUUCAGCGGCUCUGUGGACCCGUACACAGUAGUUUCUAUUAACAGUCGGAAUGAAUUGGGCAGAACGAAAACCGUUCGGGAUACUGCUAACCCGAAGUGGAAUGAAACAAUCUACGUCAUCAUCACAUCUUUCACUGACUCUCUUACUCUCCAAGUCUACGAUUGGAACGAGUUUCGAAAAGAUAAAGAGCUCGGUGUUGCCACUUUCCCCCUCGAACCACUCGAAAAGGAGGACGAACAUGAGAAUUUGACACUUGAGAUUCUGUCGAGCGGCCGACGAAGGGGUGCAAUUAUGGUUGAUAUUCACUUUUUCCCUGUCUUGGUGGGGAGAAAGCUCGAGAGCGGAGAGGUGGAGCCAGCUCCCGAGUCAAAUUCUGGAAUUGCAAGAUUUACAAUUGAACAGGCUAAGGAUCUCGACGGAACCAAGAGUCUUAUCGGACAACUUAAUCCAUAUGGUGUCAUGCUUCUGAACGGGAAAGAAAUCCAUGUGACCAAUAAGCUGAAACGGACGAACAAUCCAAUUUUCCAGAAUCCUACAAAGGAAGUUCUAAUUACUGAUAGAAAAACGGCGCGUUUCGGUAUGAUGAUUAAAGACGACCGAGAUCUUGCGACUGAUCCUAUCCUUGGAAGAUACCAGAUGAAGCUUAAUGACAUGCUGACAUCGAUGGAGAAAGGCCAAGAAUGGUUCAACCUCGCUGGCGCGAAAACUGGUCGUGUCAAACUUAAAGUGGAAUGGAAACCAGUUGCUCUCAGAGGAAUAGUUGGUAGCGGAGGCUAUGUUCCUCCCAUUGGCGUUAUGCGUAUACAUGUUCAGAACGCUAAAGGCUUAAGGAACGUGGAGACGAUGGGCAAAUCCGAUCCGUACACUAGAGUCCUCCUCUCUGGAAUUGAGAAAGCCCGAACUGUCACCUUCGCCAACAACCUCGACCCUGAGUGGGAUGAGGUCCUCUAUAUUCCAAUGCACUCGCCCCGUGAGAAACUAACACUCGAGGUUAUGGAUGAGGAAAACCUCGGAAAGGACAGAUCGCUUGGUAUGAUUGAGCUUUCUGCAUCUGACUACAUCCAUGAGGGUGAGAAUGGCGACUAUGAGGUAGACGAUGAGAAGCAACAGAUGUCCACCGGCCUUCGUCUUGGCAAUCGUGGUCAGCCUAAGGGUAUUCUUAACUAUACCAUUGCUUUCUAUCCCACUCUUAAUGUCUUCGACCCUGAAGAAGAAGCAGAGGAAGCGGCCACUCGCGAAGCGAUGGCUGGUGAGAUGUCCCUGGAUGGACCAAGCAAGAGUGUCGAAAGUGACACCCAACCCAGCACCAGCACCAAAACGAACGGUCGGUCAAAUAUUGAUACCGCUGACUCCAAGGAGCUGUCGGUUAAUGGCGCCCAAGAUGCGCCAAAGUCCCCUUCUAUACCCAAAAUUCGCCUCACACCCAAAGAUAUUUCCCAAUAUGACUGUGGUUUGAUCGUUUUCAAGCUCAUCGACGGUCAUUUGGCGCAUUCGGACGUUCAACUCGAGGUUUUGAUGGAUGACCAUGUAUUCCCAUCCUAUACAUCGCCCCGAACAAAGUCUAAAGAAACAGUGUUUGGCGACGUUGGCGACGCAUUCGUCCGCGAACUUGAGGUGUCUAAAAUCACCCUUCGUCUGGUUGACAAGACUGACACCAAAGGCGAGGGUGAAGGACACCAUGCUUUAGCUAAGCUUACUGGGCCGACACUCUCCACUCUCCAACAAUGUUUGUACAAACCAACGGAACUAACACUCAGGUCAAAUGACGGCUCAACGAGCAAGGUUACGGUCAGCUUAAAAUACAUUCCAGUGAAAAUGAAAUUAGACCCUAGGGAAAGCAUCAAUAAUAUGGGAAUACUGCGUGUAGACGUUUUGGAUGCUGCUGAUUUACCAUCUGCGGACCGCAAUGGAUACAGUGAUCCAUACUGCAAGUUUAAGCUCAAUGGCAAAGAGGUAUUCAAGACUAAGGUACAGAAGAAGACCUUGCACCCUGCCUGGAACGAAUUCUUUGAAUGCUCUGUCAAGUCCAGAAUUGGCUCGCUAUUGAGACUCGACGUGUACGAUUGGGAUUUCGGUGACAAAGCGGAUUAUCUAGGUGGCACUGAUAUUGAUCUUGAAGGUCUUGAGCCGUUUCAAGCCACAGAAAUUUCAUACCCGCUCGAUGGGAAAUCUGGCGCAGUUCGACUCAAGUUUCUUUUCAAGCCAGGGUAUGUCAUGCGUUUGCGGCAAGGUUCUUCUACAUUCUCUGGCACAUUUGCGGCACCAGGGAAGAUUGUUGGUGCUCCCGUCAAGGGAGUCGGAAUAGUUGGUGGCGGUGUUAUUAAAGGAGCAUCGUUUAUUAAACACAGUCUUCUUCGUCGUGGCGGCAGCAGCAGCAAGGACGAUGAUGAUAGCAAAUCUAUCACUACGCCGGAGCCAUCAGGAAACGAAAACCUUGCAGUUCACACCCUGGAUGGCACCCCUAGUAACACACCUCAAAGAGCAUCAAUACUGUUUGAUGGUGCGACAGCUCCAUUGACACCCACAACAAGCACCCCUCAGACACCCCACAGCCGUUCUCGCAGCAUUGCCUCUCAAUUUGGAGAUAAAAUUGGACGAAGUGGUGGAGCCAAGGGGGACACGGGGACAGCGAACUUUACGAUUGUUUCCGCAUCAGGAUACCCAUCAGGAACCAAUGUGCGUGUAAUAGUCAAACAAAUAACCUCCAAGGGAGCAAGAGAAGUCCACAAGUCCAAAGCCAUAAAGUCAGCCCACCACUCCGGAUCGUCAACGCCUACCACGCUGCCUGUAGUGCAGUUUGACCCGUCUCACGAAACUUUCAAGGUUUCGAAUGUCGCUGCAGAUACGCAGUUCCAGUUGCAGGUGAAUAACCAUGCUACCUUUGGGUCAGAUGAGGUGUUGGGAGAGGCACUGUUCUUCCUUGAUGAUCAAGGCUCCAGUUCCGGCAAGGAACAUACUGUGAGGGUUGGUAAUGGUACCAUCACGCUGAAAUCGUCAUAUGUUUCAUCUGAGACUUCUUCUUUGCGUCCUGGUACUUCGUACACGGCGGCGGGAGAGAAGAAUGAGGAUGGCGUCGAUAGCCCGGAGAGGAAGCCUAGGAGAAGUUUUCUGGCGAAACGAUCAGCGAGUGGAGCCUUGCCAAUAUAG